CGACCAAAUCAGUAUCGAUAUCUUGCAUAUAUUACGGAAAACAAAUAUCGAUCCGUAGUUCCGUACCCAUUGGCGCAGAAUACUUGAUUCGUUUAAGCCAUUACAACACGGACUGUAAGUUAACAGCCUGAGUAUAGAAGAGCAACAUGGAUAACACAGUGAAGGAAGAGAUUACGAGAUGGAGGCACGUUUAUUUUUCGACACUUUGUCUUGGAUUGGAGCAGCAAUGGAAGAGUUCACAAUACACAGACACGACCGUGACUGUAGGGAAAAGAACGUUUGAAUGUCAUAAAGUGAUCUUAGCGGCGAUGUCGCCAUUCUUUGAGGCAAUGUAUCUAAGCGGAAUGCAGGAAAGUCAGAGUGGAGAAGUCACACUAAAGAAUAUAAACCCACAAACAUUUGAAAACAUUUUGAAAUUUAUAUACUCGGGUGAAGAUGUAAUCAAUACUGAAAAUGUGGAAAGUAUAUUGCAAGCUGCGACAAUGUUGCAGAUAAAAUGCUUGAAAGAAAGAUGUGAGGAGUUCAUGAUUGAAAAUGUGGAUCCAGAAAAUUGUAUAGCUACUUGGAAAUUAGCGUCUUCUCAUACGUGCAGUUUUCUUAGUAGAAAAGCAUUUAAGUAUGUCUUGUAUUACUUUCAAGACAUACAACAAACUUAUGAGUUUCUUAAUCUUGACUAUGAUGACGUACUAGCAAUUAUAAAAGACAAUAACCUCCGUACACCUAAUGAAGAAAGUGUUUGUGAGGCAGUAUUUAGAUGGCUAAAUCAUGAUUUAGACAACAGGAAACAAUACAUUGACAAAAUAAUGGAGCAUAUAAGACUACCACUAAUGCAGCCUGAGUAUUUACUGGAAACGUUGGACACUAACACAUUGGUGAAAGAAAAUGACAAAUGCAGAGAAUAUGUCGAGGAAGCAAAACGUUUUCACCUUUUACCUGCCAGGAGACAUGAAUUUGUUUCAGCAAGAUUAGUUCACCGUAAUCAAGCUGAAUAUGAAGAGAUGAUUGUAUGUAUUGGAGGAAACGUUCACCCGGAGAAAACAACAACCGAUGUAUUGUGUUACAGUAUGAAGAGGUUACAAUGGAUACGGCUUGCUUCUUUGCCAUAUGAUCUUGGUGUGGAAUUCGCCAUUUGCACAUAUGGGAACGCUGUGUAUGUUUCCGGCGGAAGUGAGGUACUUAAUGGAAUGGUUUAUCUUCACGCGCUUCAUAACAGGUGGUUUAAAUGUAGACGUAUGUUGAUUGGUCGGAGGCGGCAUUGCAUGGUAGCUGUUGGAGAUUCUUUGUAUGUUUUAGGUGGUUAUGAUGAUGAAGCCGAGGAAGGAUACAAUACCCUGAUAAGUGUUGAGAAGUUUGGGGUAAUGAGCGGAAGCUGGGAGGAUUGUGGCUAUUUGAUUUCUCCUGUAAGAUCAGCUUCAGCGUCUGUCUUGCAGGACAAAAUAUAUGUCUUUGGGGGAUUAGACGGUGAUGGAGUCACUACAUCGGCUGUGCAAUGCUUUGACACACGUGUCAGAACAUGUACACAUUUGACUAACCUCCCGUCGCUAUCUGGCAUGUCGUCUGCUGUGGUUUGCAAUAAAACGACAUAUUUAGUUUUUCCUUCUGGGGAAGUUUUGAAAAUGAACGGAACUGGAGAAAGAUGUGGCGAAAUAGAAAGUGCUGGAAACAUUGAAAAUUUCGACCGUUGGGGUUUUGGAAUUGUGCAGCACGAAGGAAAAAUCUUUAUAAUUGGAGGAAUAGAUUCAUCUGAUAUCUUUGACGAGAUCAUUAUAUUUGAUCCAACAACAGGUGAAAGAGCAGAUUCAGGUGGCCAUUAUAUAAGAAGACCAAUGUUUGGAUUUGGCUGUGCUAAAGCAACUAUUCCUCAAAGUGUGUUCAGAUUGUCUUGACGACUGCUGAUUGACACCAUGCAGUUUGAUUGGUGCUAUAGUUGCCAAUAUUGCCGUAACUACAAACACAUCUGAACAUGGUUGCAUAUUUAAACUUUUUUCUACUAUUUUCGCCAAAACAGUUGUAAAAAUUAAUUCUUAAUACAAUUUCCUAUUCUUUUUAUAAACACAAUUUGCAAAUAAAUCUGGACACAAAGUGAUCCCUCGGAAGUUAUCCUGUGAAAAAAUAUCGUAAAUCUGACGAUAGUUUGCAGUCCUUGUACAAAACUAUGAUAGUUACUUAACAGAUGUGUUGCGUAUACUUUAAAUUGUUUAAUUGUUCACCAGCUCUUUUUGUUGAUUAAAAGUGUUUUAGA